CGCACCCCGUAACAGCCGCUCUACCUUCCAAUCUGCUUCCCGCAUUCUCAUUUUGUUAAUUUAUUUUUCCAAAAACCCUAAAUCCUUUAUCCCCUCUCUAAUCCUUCAUCAAUUUCAUGCCUUUUCUUAAUUCCCACACGCCCAGAAUAUCAUGCUUAUGUAAACCUGAACUUUAUCCAGUUUUACAAUGUGCCUUGAUAUAGGGAAUUAAGGAAAAUAUAGUAUGCUAAUUCUAAGGUUGUGACCGUUGUGUGAGGGAGAAGAUUGUUGCCGGAGUCGCUUCCGGCAAGAUCGAUCGACAAUAAGCAGCAUCUUUUGUGGGUAGAGAAUGGUUCAAUCCAAAUGGCUUUCUUUUGAUAAAUAGCUCCUUUCUGUGUUUAUUAAGCAGUAAUGGGCCAUGGAAGUGCGCUUCAAUCUUCGAAACCUCCCCUUUCAUCCUCAUUGUCGGGAAGUUCUUCACAUGACUGCUCCCAAUUGUAUCCAAAAGCAACAGCGAUCUCUUUUUCAUUUUAUGAAGCUGCUGGGAAUGACAGUAAUGAUAUGAAUGGAAAAGUUUUGAAUGCAUCUACGAGUUCUGCCCCCAAGGUUUCAGAUGUUACUGGUGAAUCUACGGUUCAAAACUGGUCUCCUCCCAUUCAAGUCAUGGAAAAACCAGGAGAUUUUAAUUUCAAUAGAAUUUCCUCAACGAGUGAUCCCCCUACAAGAGACUCCUUUUCAUUUGAAACUUGGAGUCACAAUAAAGGUACUAAUGGAACCCAUUCCAAAUUGGAAGGAGUCCUGAAUGCGUCUUUUCGUUCUGAUGCCUGUGCCUCUAAGACUUCAGAUGUCACUCAUGAAUCUGAGCUGCAAAAUGAGUCACCUACCAUUCAAAUCAUGGAAAUGCCAGGAGAUUUUGAGACCAAUGAAAACCCCUCCUCAAUUUCCAUGAGCAAGUCAACAGCUUGGAGUAAUACUUCCAAUGGAUCAUUAUUCAGUAUUGAUAUUGGACCCCAUAGCAUUGAUAUUGGACCCCAUAGCUUUUCCACUGAUGUAAUUCCAAUGACGGAUGGAGAUUCCUACAAGUCAGGGGAACUUGAUACACACGAAGACCUUGUGAGAUAUAGGCAGAUGCCCUUGGCUCCAAAAGGAGCAGAAUAUAACGAAGAGACCCCAGCUAAUAGGGAAGGAGCAGGAAACACUCCAAGAAUCACAAGUAUUUCAGUAGGACCAAUUAAAAAUGGGGCCAACCAACAUGCGGUGCCAUUAAGAACAGGUGCAAAUGCUUCUAGUCAUCUUGUUGGAACCAGGCCUUCUAACAAGUCUGUUGAUCUUCAAAUGACAAAGAAGUCUGAACCAACAGGGUGUAAAUGCUGUUGUGCUGGUUUUACCCGUGACUCUUGUUUCUGUUCAAGUCCAAGCCAGUGCAUUAUUAGCUCAGGUGCAUGGUUAAGAGGUCGAAGUUGUUGCUGCAAGUGGUUCAGCGGGCUAUCUUUCUCUUGUGAGUGUCUACGUUGCUUCUGUAAACAGCCAAAGUGUAAAUGGUGCUGCAGUGGAUGGCCCUCCUUAAACUGCUGCUGCUUCUGCAAGUCAAUAACCUGUCCGUGCUCCUACUUUAAGUGUCCAAGCUGGAAAAUUUGUCACUUUCGCUGCUCGUUCUGCUGCGGUUGGAACUGUUUUGCGAAGAACUCAAGUAUUGAUAAUCUGGCAAAAGAUGGAGGGAGGAUCACCCGAGUAGCAGCAUAAUUCUUCAAAGAAGGCUUCAAAUGCCACCAACUCUACGCAGUGGGGUUUUCUUGUCACUCAUGUAUAUAUAUUUAUAGGAAAAUUUUGAAGUGUCGUUUUGGCACUUAUGACUCUUAUGCCUGAUACUAUUGCAAAGUGAAAGGUGAUAACUUUUAACUUUGUGUCGGGUACAAAGUCAACAUUGUCUUCACACUUUUUUUUAUUUUGAUUUUGAUUUUGUACAAGAAACAUGGUGUUGAUAGGCACGGUAGCAUUUCCGUAUAUGUAUAUGUUCUUCAAAGAAAAGUUAUCUAA